AUGGAGCUGGACGUCCCCCCCGCCCCCCGCCCCCGGACACAGCGGCAGCCACAAGGGGUGCUGUGGGCGGCUCAGGAACCGGCUGUGAGGCCAGGAGGCCAGGAGGCCGGUCCUGCCUUGGCGUCCUGGGACCAGGCUCCCCUGGGCCCCCAGCAUGUGGGCCUCUGGGACUUCGAGGCCCGGAGGGAUGAGGAACGGACCUUCCGGGCGGGGCAUCUGUUCCACGUGGCCGGGAAGGAGGGUAGGCGGUGGCGGGCCGCGCCACUGGAUGCGGAGGGCAGGCCGCUGACUGAGGGCUGCAUGCCCCACAACUACCUGGCUGAGAAGGAGACGGUAGAGUCUGAGCUGUGAUUCUUCGGGCCCAUCUCCCACUUGGAAGCGCAGCAUUGCCUGCAGGCUGAGGGCAGGGUGGCGGCCUCCCUGGUCAGGGUCGGCCAGAAGCCGGGCGCCGACUACUCUCUCUCAGUGAGGGACAGGCAGGCCAUGAGGCAUUACAGGGUCUGGCGUCGCGCCGGCCGGCUGCACCUCAGUGAGGCCGCGUCCUACCCCAGCCUGGCUGAGCUCCUGGGGCACCACAAAGGCCGGAGCCUGUCCCACGGGCUGCCGCGGACUGUGCCCUGCCGGAAGGUAGAGCUGCCCGCCGCACCCCCCCUUGCUCCCCACCGUGCUCCUGCUCCUCCCUGUCACAUAGGGUGGGUGUGGGUCCCGGGGUGCUUGCUGGCUCGAGGGGCCCGGGGAGACCUGGCUGCAGGGACUCCGGCUGUCCUGACGCUGCGGUCCUACAGAUGCGGGCGUGGGAGCAGGUGGCCUGGGCUGGGACCGGCCUUCCUCAGGGGCUGUGCUCGCGCCUGCGACAGGGAAGGGUCUGCUAUGCUCCUGCCUGGUCCUGUGUCCCUCUGGCCCGGAGGUCUGUGUGUGGCGGACAUCACAGCAUCAACAAUGCUGCACAGAGGCUCGUCCCUGCGGGGGCGUGAAGGCGUCUGCAGGACAUGGCAGAGGGCGGCCGGGGUGGGGUGGCCUCUGGAAAGCCCGGCCGCGUGCUGGACCCUGGGACCUCAGCAAGAGGUUUCCUGCAUCAGAGGAGAGAGCAGAGGCCGCCUGUCAUGGGGUCAGAGUGGGGGAAUUCCUGAAGGGUGGGCUGGGUGUCCCGCACCCCGCCUGUCUCUGGAGCCCGAGCCCCCGCCGCACUGGGCAGACUGGCAGAGACCGCACGAGGAGUUCAGGCUCUGCAGGAAACUGGGCUCUGGGUACUUCGGGGGCGUCUUCGAAGGGAUUUGGAAGGACCGGGUCCGAGUGGCCAUUAAGGUGAUCGCUCGAGACAACCUCCUGCACCAGCACACCUUCCAGGCGGAGAUCCAGGCCACGAAGAAGCUUCAGCACAAGCACAUCCUGGUGCUGUGUGCUGCGGCAUCCGUGGGGGACCGUUACAUCGUCCCGGAGCUCUUGGCCAAGGGGAGCCUGCUGGAGCUGCUGCGGGACUCCGAGAAGUCCCUGCCCGUCUCAGAGCUGGUGGACAUUGCCUCUCAGGUGGCCGAGGGCAUGUGCUACCUGCAGUCACAGAACUACGUCCACCGGGACCUGGCCACCAGGAACAUCCUUGUGGGUGCCCACAACAUCUGCAAAGUGGGUGACUUUGGGCUAGCCAGGUUCAUCCAGGUGACUUUCAGUCGGGGUCCGAUACCCUAUCCAGGCACGUCCAGCCACGAGGCCUUCCAGAGGGUAGAGUCGGGCUACCGCAUGCCCUGCCCCCCGGAGCGCCCGGCCGCUGCCGCACACAAACUAAUGCUCUCAUGCUGGCACAGGGACCCCGAGCACCGGCCCUGCUUCCAAGCUGUGUGGGAGAAGCUCUCCAGUGUCAGCACGUACGAGAACCCGCUCUGAGUGGGGACAGCCUCCCUGCCAGCGCCGCAGAAGGCCACCAGGCCAGGUCCCGUGA